UUAUUUAUCUCGUGUUGCAGGAGUAUUGUAAAGUUGUAUUGUUAUUGUUAUUACUUCUUUUAUUGCAUAAAAAAAUAUUUGGGAAUUGCAUGGAAAACUACAAGUUGCUACAGCGAUUGGGCCGGGGGGCUCAAGGUUCUGUGUACUUGGUGGAACACAAGGAAGAUAAAGCUAAAUAUGUUUUAAAGAAGGUUGAAUGCAAUGACGAGAGUGAGGCAAAUAAAGCCUUCAAAGAGGCAAUGGCGCUACAAGAGCUUCGUCAUCAGUUUGUGUGCGGGUACAAAGAAUUCUUUGUAACUUGGGAUCGUGAGGAAUCAGCCAUGUUUGUGUGUAUUGUCAUGGAUUAUUAUGAACUUGGAGAUCUCGCAAAAGUCCUCAAGACCAAGAGAGUAAAGCAGGAAAACAUAGACGAGAUGAUCUUGCGUAAAUGGCUCGGGCAAAUGGUUGAAGCGCUUGUGUUCGUCCACAACAAGAAAGUGAUCCAUAGAGAUCUCAAACCCAGCAAUAUCUUCAUGACGAAGAACCUCAGCAUAUGCAUCGGGGACUUUGGGGUGGCCACUGUGAUGGGAGAUGCAAGGACAAGAACCAGGACUACUGUUGGAUCAAUGAACUGGAUGGCACCCGAGGUGAUGGAACGUCCGUACGAUGAAAGGAGUGACGUCUGGUCACUAGGGUGCAUACUUCUUGAACUCGCUACUUGUUCAUUUCUUGAUCCGGUUCAAAUUUCUGGUUCAUUGUUUGAGAUCAAGCAGAACCCACAGUGUCUGGAAGACAUCUUGUGUGAACUUCCCAAGCAUAAAUAUUCCCCCCAUCUGUGUCAGUUGAUACGUACCAUGCUAAGGAGGAAUUUCCAGCAAAGACCAACCGCUGUAGAGUUACUUGCCUUCCCUUAUGUGAAGGAAUGCCUUCUACUUAAUCCAGACUCUGAACUUGUUGAGAAAAAGAAAGUAUUCACCCCACCUAAAGAUGCGUUUCCAAAAGGCAAAAGUGUGCAGAUGAUAUUCAGUUAUAUGACAAAGAACUCUGAAAAUGAAGCUGCGCAGAAGGAAGCAUUUAAACAUCUGGCAUUCAGGACACAGAAAAAGGAUUUCGCUGGAUCGAUGACGACAGCGAUGAAGAAGAAGAUCGUGAAGUUGAUGGAACAACACAUGGAUUGCUCCGAUGUUCAACUCCAUGGUUACAAAAUCCUCCUUAAUCUUGUUGAGCUUUCCUCCUCCGAUCGUGAGGUUUUCUACAAGCGAGAGAUGAUACGACCCGUGCUUGUGGGGAUGAGAUCGCAUCCGACGAGCGAGCAACUUCAAUCUACAGCGUGUUCGCUCAUCAUGACGUUAUCUGCUGAUGAGGAUGCAGCAGACAUAAUAGGACAGGCAGGCGGUGUGCAAGAUAUUUUAUCUGCCAUGCGUCAGUUCACCAAUAAACCAGAUAUCUGUUCUACUUGUUGUGGGGCUUUGUGGAGUUUAUCGGUUAAUGAAUCAAACGCUCGUAUCGUAACAGAAGAGAAAGGAUUACAAGAUGUUUGCAACGCUAUGGAAACGCAUGCUAAUUCAUCCGAACUUAUAGAGAGCGCUUGUUCGGCUAUUUGGUCCUUAUCGUUGGAAGAUGAUAAUGUUGACAUAUUAUCUGACGUUGCCAUCAGUCUUAUAAUUGAAUCGAUGGAGAAACAUGUCACUAAAGUUAAAGUUGUCAAGAGUGCUCUUAUGGCCCUGGCGAGCAUCGUAACGUGUGGGGAGGAAUGCGCAUAUCGAGUACUCAGUCCUAGCAAUGAUGUCACGGGGUUAAAGGUCAUCACGGACGCAAUGACUCAUCAUAAAAAUGAGGUUGACAUUGCAGAAAGUUUCUGUACCUUGCUGCUUGAGUUAACUGAAUAUGAUGACGUGGUUAACGAGAUGAAAUCACCAAGUUUGAAAAUCAAACAGAUUGUCGCGAAUUUAAGGAAACAGUUUCGAUCCAACGAGGAAAUAUCUGGCAGCACUGAAGUGAUUCUGUCAAAAUUUGGAGUUAGUGCUCCACGUAGUCCACAGAGGCCACCAUCGGCGAGAAGCCGUCCUAGAUCCGCCGCCAGAAACCGAUGACGUCACAACUCAUGACGUAAUCGUUGAUGACAUCACAUAUAAUGACGUGAUUUCUGAUGACGUAUUGAUUGGACAAGCUUUUGCCGCUAACGAUUUAUUUAACGUUUCAAGCAGUUACUGAGUUCGGCUGCACUUAAAAAAGUUUGUACUUUGCUAAAAAAUGCCUUGUAGUUGUCGAUUUUGAACCUGACAUCUUCAGUCUGCGUUGAUUUUAUUUUUCUCAUGAGAUUUCGGCAUUUCGUGUCCUUUGUAUCGUGGUAUGAUUGUGUAAUUUCAUAUAUAGUGUUUCUAUAGAUCUUCCACGUUCAUUUUCACCUUGUACACUGUAGUAGGCGCACUCGCACUGUAAUUUUGAUUUGCACUCGUAGAAUAAAACACACAAUAAUCAAA